CCCGCCUUUCCGCCAUCCUCGCGUCACUUCCCGUGCGGGCCGCAGGAGGAGAAGAUGGCGGCGCUGGGGGAGCCGGUGCGGUUGGAGCGAGACAUCUGCAGAGCAAUUGAGCUGCUGGAAAAAUUACAGAGAAGUGGAGAAGUGCCACCUCAAAAGCUACAGGCUUUGCAAAGGGUCCUUCAAAGUGAAUUCUGUAAUGCUGUAAGGGAGGUGUAUGAACAUGUAUACGAAACCGUGGAUAUCAGCAGUAGCCCAGAAGUUAGAGCUAAUGCUACAGCAAAGGCCACUGUAGCUGCAUUUGCUGCAAGUGAAGGUCAUUCCCAUCCCAGAGUUGUUGAACUACCCAAAACCGAAGAAGGUCUUGGAUUCAACAUUAUGGGAGGCAAAGAACAAAAUUCUCCAAUCUAUAUCUCUCGAAUCAUCCCUGGUGGAAUCGCUGAUAGACACGGAGGCCUGAAACGUGGGGACCAGCUGCUUUCUGUAAACGGAGUGAGUGUUGAAGGUGAACACCAUGAAAAAGCAGUCGAACUGCUGAAGGCAGCUCAAGGAAAGGUUAAAUUAGUUGUGAGAUACACACCAAAAGUCUUGGAAGAAAUGGAGUCAAGAUUUGAGAAAAUGAGAUCGGCGAAACGCAGGCAGCAAAAUUAACAUUGUUUGUGAUAACUGAAAAUAUAUUCCAUUUGCAUUUUAUAGUUUUCUUUGUGGCUCAGUUGAUCCAAUGCCUGGGUGAUGGAAGACACUGUCCUUUUCAAUGAAUUGCAUAAUGAUUGAGGUUGGAGGGACUCCUGGAGGUCAUCUAGUCCAACCCCUCUGCUCAGAGGAGGGUUAGCUAGUACGGGUUGCUCAGGACUGUGACAAGCUGGGUAUUGGAGCAGCUCUAGGGACAAAAACUACAGUAGAUCUCUGGGCAGUCUCUUCUAGUGUUUUGAUCUCCCUCUCACUAUGAAGGUUCAUUCUUAUAUUUAAAAGGGGCUUCCUGUAUUUCCAUUUGUGCCUGCCAUCUCUUCUCCAGUCACUGGGUGCUACUGAGAAGAGUCUGAUCUUUGUACUGCUUCCUAUCAGGCAUUUACACACAUUGGGAAGAUCACCUCUGAGCCUUCUUCCAGUCUAAACAGUACCGGAACUCUUAGCUUUUCCUUGUCUUGUCAGAUAUUCCAGUCCCUUAGUUGCUCUUGUUGCCCUUCACUGGACUAAUUUUCUUUUUUUUAAUGCCUGUAUCUGUAUUGGACUGGGGAGCCCAAAAUGACCAAGCACUUGAGCUUUGUCUUCCCAGGGCUGAGCAGAGGGGCAGAACCACCUCCCUCAGCUUCCUGGCAGUGCUCAGACAAGGGGGCUGUUGGGCUCCUUUGCCUUUUGGGCACAGCAGUGGCUCAGGGUAAGUGUGGUUCUGUUGUUCUCUGCAAGGUUGCUCUGCAGCCUGGCACCUCCCCAGCCUCCACUUGUGCAUGGGCUUAUUCCUCCCCAGGUGUAGGACUUUCCACUUUCCUCUGCUGAACUUUUGAGAUUCCUCUUUGUCCAUUUCUCCAGCCUGCCAAGGUCCCUCUGGGUGGCUCACUGAGUGUGCUCUGUCCUGUCACCUGUGUUAUUAGUGAAUAAAUCAACAGCAUGGACCAGAGUACAAACCCCUGGAGUCCAGCAGUAGUGACUGGCAUCCAGCAGGACUUCGUGCCACAACAAACAACCCUUUGCAGUUCAGCCCUUUUUAGACGGUUUUCAGUCUCCAUGUGUUGCUGUUUAAGAGGAAUGUCUACUUUUUAAAAGGCUUAAGAAACCCUGAAAAAAGCAUAGAUGUUGAUAUUUCUAUUGAUAUUUUUUUCUUACUCUCUUUCAUGUCAGACCUUAGAAGCAUGAGAGUGAAUUUAGAGAUUUUUUUAAAAGCAUUUAAUAAGACAUGUUUCUACAAUUGGCAUCCCUUUUUACCUGUUUCCUUUUGGCAUUACUUAGUAUAGUAUCUGCAGGUUUUUUUGCUUAAUUAUUUUGGAAAAAAGAUUCUUAUGUAGCAGUAUUUUGGCACUUUUCUUAAGAAUAUGUUGUAUAUCAACUACAAAACCUAAUCAUGAUCUACUGUAUAGCUGAUAAUGAUACCAGAUUUUGUAAUGUUUUGGUGAGUACAUUAUUUUUACACUUCUGCUAAAUUGUAAUGGGUUACUAUGGAAUUGUAUUACCUCACCUGUAAAUAAUUUACAGUUGGUGUUCACAUAUAAUGAUUUUGUAAUAUCUGACUUUUACAAAUUUGCAACAGUCAUUCUUAUAACUUAUAUUAUUUUGUACUAAUUUUAAAAGCAGCAAGGGGAAAAAAUGUAAUUGUGUAUGCAGUUCUGGAUUGACUCUCUAUAUGUAUUUUUAUAUUCAGAAAGAGAAAAUAUGCUAAUGAAGUGCUAAAGAUUUCCAGAUAUUUCCCUCACUUUCUGCUGUUUAAAAGAAAUACUCAUUAAUUGUCAUACUUCUCUUGUGGUUCUUAGUGUGUGCUAUUGUAGUCUUAUCUCAGACUGCCUGUUUUGGUCUUGGAAUAGUUAGUAUCUAAAUUAUUGAUUAUUAAAUUUAUAGGAGUAAAAUGUUCCGAGUCUUAUAUGCCAGGUUAGCUUGACAUAUGAACUUGGCAGGGUUUUAUUAAUGACUGCUUCUGGCUUGGAGGGUUCUUGUUUGUACUUUGGAAGUACUACAUCACCAUUGCCAGAAAACUUUGGGGAAUGGUGCUGUGGUGGUAAAGAGGGAAUCUCCAGGAAUGAGAUGUUAAUGUCUUAUCUCAAAUGCAGUUGAUGGUGGCACAGGUUGUCUGCACCAUUUUGAAGAAACUUCAUCUGGACAGAGGUUGACUUUUGGAAUCCACCAUACCAGGUUUGAGGCUGUGCUUGUAUAGUUCAGAUUUUGGGUUGCUUGUUUGGGGAUUCUUGGUGGUUUUUCUUUUUUUAAAGCUUCAUCUGGUAAAUAUGUAGAAUUAACUUGAUUGUCUACUGGGCAUCUCUUCACUUUUAUGGCAGCUAUGAGUGCAUCCUGAUUGACUGUUAGUAAUUUGAUUCUUAGAGGCUUAAACUGAAAAGUGCAGUUCUUACUUUGUGGGUAAUCUCUAGUCUUUUCACAUGGAGCAGUACAAUCCAUUGAGAAAUAAUUCAAUAUAUGAAAGAAAGGAAAAGAUGAGUGAGCUAAAAAUGACAGCAUGAAGUUUGCAUUGUCAGUUGAUUUGUUGGAAAAGAAAAAAAUGUCAUUGCUACAGGCAAGUGAAAUGUGAUUGCUUUCUGCAUGUUCAUAAGCAUGGUAAGCUUGUAAAGAGAAAUUUGGAUUUUAAAGAUACUGAUAGUUUGAAAAUGCAGUAUAAAUAUUUAUCAGUGAGAUGACAUUGAGCACUGAAUUAUGUGGUUGAUUGUCAUAGGCCUCUCAAAAGGUCUCAUGGUACUGAUACAACCACGUUGUAGAAUUGUAUAUUUUUAUGGAGCAACUAAUGUUUAAAGUAUUUGAGACCAAAAUCGCUAGUUAGACCAAUUGUGGAUGUGUUUUAAAUUAACUGUAAAAUAGUAGAGAUUUGUUUUAGAGCUAUAUAUAAAUAUAUAUAUUAAAGAAUGGUAUGGAUACAAGUUAGAAAUGUGUGUUUUAAAACCUGUAUCCCUUGUCUUGCUUAACAAAGAGGUGUGUUUUAUUAUUCUGUGGAAACACUCUAAUGCAGCUAGAGCUGCUAAAUGCAGUAGUGUUUUCAUUCUGAAUUGUAGCAUUUAAAACAGUUUGUCAGCUAAAACAAUGUUGGGAAGGUAUAUGUGGCCCUAUAAACUGUAUGUGUAGAAGGUAAUGAAAAGUUUUGAAAUUGCAACAGAAAGGAAAAAAAUUCAGUAAACAGACAAUUCAUUAAUGGUCAUCAUUAAUACUAUGAAAACCCUAUAACAUUAAGGAGAGGAUGGAUUAAAAUAUGCCAAGAAACUUGAUCUCUGUUACUACUGAACAGUGCCUGUACUGUGUUAAUAUGCAGUCCCCACACACUUGGCAUACUUGGAUAUGCAGACAGGUUCAGAAGAGCUGUCACUUCUGCAGGUAACUUCUGCAUCAGUUGCUGCUGUGAGGGAUCUUUGGGUUUUAUCAACAGAAAAAUAAAAGUUAAAUUUCA